GGGGCUCCGAGCAGCCCCGCAGAGCCGAGAAUGGGAGAAGAGUGGAGCCUGUGAGCCGCAGCACACCGGCCUACUCUCCUCGCCUCACCUCGCUCUCGAGGCCUGCCCGCCCUGCCGCUUGUUCGCCGCCCAGAAAGCUCCGGUGCAUGGACCAGCGAGAGCCAGAGAACCAGGAGAGGCGCGAACGCACCUCCAAAAGGAGAAGGGCCAGGGAGGGCUACCCCAACGAUCCGAUUGACCUUCUGUGGCUGGGAACACCGUCCACCAUGGCCACCUCCGCGAGCUCCCACCUGAACAAAGGCAUCAAGCAGUUGUACAUGUCCCUGCCUCAGGGUGAGAAAGUGCAAGCUAUGUAUAUUUGGAUUGACGGGACUGGAGAAGGAUUACGUUGCAAGACCCGGACCUUGGACAGUGAGCCCAAGUGUAUAGAAGAGUUGCCUGAGUGGAAUUUUGAUGGCUCUAGUACCUUUCAGUCUGAAGGCUCCAACAGUGACAUGUAUCUUGUUCCUGCUGCCAUGUUUCGGGACCCUUUCCGCAAGGACCCCAACAAGCUGGUGUUCUGUGAAGUCUUCAAGUACAACCGGAAGCCUGCAGAGACCAAUUUGAGGCAUACCUGUAAACGGAUAAUGGACAUGGUGAGCAAUCAGCAUCCUUGGUUCGGAAUGGAGCAGGAAUAUACUCUCAUGGGCACAGAUGGGCACCCUUUUGGUUGGCCUUCCAAUGGCUUCCCUGGGCCCCAAGGUCCAUACUACUGUGGCGUGGGGGCUGACAAAGCCUAUGGCAGGGAUAUUGUGGAGGCUCACUACCGGGCCUGCUUGUACGCCGGCAUCAAGAUUGCUGGGACAAAUGCUGAGGUCAUGCCUGCCCAGUGGGAAUUCCAGAUAGGACCCUGUGAAGGAAUCGACAUGGGAGAUCAUCUCUGGGUGGCCCGUUUCAUCUUGCAUCGUGUGUGUGAAGACUUUGGAGUGAUAGCAACCUUUGACCCUAAGCCCAUUCCUGGGAACUGGAAUGGUGCAGGCUGCCACACUAACUUCAGCACCAAGGCCAUGCGAGAGGAGAAUGGUCUGAAGUACAUUGAGGAGUCCAUCGAGAAACUGAGCAAGCGGCACCACUACCACAUCCGAGCCUACGAUCCCAAGGGGGGUCUGGAUAACGCCCGGCGCCUAACUGGAUUCCAUGAAACAUCCAACAUCAACGACUUUUCUGCCGGCGUGGCCAACCGUGGUGCUAGCAUCCGCAUUCCCCGGACUGUCGGCCAGGAGAAGAAGGGUUACUUUGAAGACCGUCGCCCCUCUGCCAACUGUGACCCCUUUUCAGUGACAGAAGCCCUCAUCCGCACAUGUCUUCUCAACGAAACCGGCGAUGAACCCUUCCAGUACAAAAACUAAGUGGACUAGACUUGCAGCCAUCAAACCCCUCCUAAUUCUCCAUCUUGCCUCCACGUUUGCCCCUCUCUUGACUGUCCUAAUAGCUGUAACUCAAAGGGCGGAAUAUCAAGGUCUUUUUUUUAUUCCUCAUGCCCAGGUUAAUAUCUCUUUGCUUUCUUUGGCCAGGAUAGAGGGAUCAGGUUCUUAAUCUUUUUACAACCCGCCCCCCCCUUUUUUUCCCCUGUCACUGAGGCUGUCUAGUAAGUUAGUGGAGAGGGGGUGGGGAGACAUAACCACUGUUUCCAUUUAAUCAGGUGUGUUUGUCCAAUAGGCGUAGCUAUCCGGACAGAGCGUAGUGUUUGUGAAGGGAGGGGGAGGGCUCUUUCUUCGAGGUAGCUGAGUGUUGGGGGACGGGGGGUUACUUACUCUGGGGUUAGGUUAGGAUUUCCCCCUCUUGGUAGGAAGUUCCGCUUUGUGUAAGGUUAUAACCAACUUUUUAUUAAAAGUGAGACUUAGGAGAGAACCAGGCAGGAGAAUGCACCUCUGUCCUGGUACAGUGCUCCCCUUAGCUGGGGCGAGAUGGCCCUUCCCUGAAGACAAGCUCAGCAGAAGGAUGGAUUGACCUUCCUUAGAAGAAAAAGUUCUUACUGCUUGGUCCUCCAUUUAUAACACAGCAGAGUAGUAUUUUUAUAUUUAAAUGUAAAAACAAAAAAAAUUAUAUAUAUGGGCGUGCAGAUAUGUGUGGUUUUUUUUUUUUUUUUUUCCUAAAGGAGGAGGAACAUUCUGGGUCACUGGGAGCCAAAUUCGAGGUGAACAGUCUGGUUGGAAAGAAGGAUCUCCUAUUGAGUGGGGGUGAGGGAGGCAGUGCUUACAAAGCUGGCUGUCUGGGGCUCUGCUGGUACCUCGCUGCCACUGUAGGGUCCGCUGUGCUCUGCGCACUCUUCCGGGGCGGGGGGGAGGGGGGAUGGACACCAGUCAGGUAACAGGUGGAAGCACGUUGUGGAAGGAGCAGUCGCCAGAGCCCCGUGGCUUUGGUUUAAUAAAAGACACACACGUCCACACAGGUUUAGAAAUAAGAGUUGGCUGGUCAACUUGAGCAUGUUACUGACAAGGGGGGUUAUUGGGAUUAUUUUCUGGUGGGACUAGCAUGUCACUAAAGCAGGCCUUUUGGUAUAUUAAAAUUUUUUAAAAAGCAAAACCAGAAGUUUAGAUUUUAAUCCUGUUCGUAGGGUUUCUGAGCCUUUGUUUCUACAGAACCGCUUGUUUGCUUCAACUGUCUCCUUCUCAUGUCCGCUCUGUGAGGAGGUGGGGACAGCCCUGGAGUCAGAACACCUGUCAUUUUGUAUCCUGGUGUCUAUUCUCUGAGUGUGAGAUUCUCCUUUCCUUUGUUAAGAUUCCUGAGGAGUUACUUUUUCUUUUAUAAUAAAAAGCAAACCCCACCUUCGUCCCUACAUUUUCCCUCCUGUGUCUGGCUGUUUUCGUGUUCACGUUGGCUGCAGCAGGCCAGCCGUGGCUUUCUCUUGCCAUGACGACUUCUAAUUGCCAUGUACAGUAUGUUCAGCGUUAGGUAGCUCCCAUUGUAAACAGACUGUUUUAACUGCCCAGCGCAGCACUUAUAAAUCAACCUAACAUAA